UUUUCCUGUUUGUGCAUUUGCACAAGACUGUCAUUUCAUGUGUAUGGAUUUCCCUUCUGUUUUGUGGGAGGCGUAUAUGCAGUAAAUGAAACUUUUUGUAUGGGAUUUGUUAAGGCAUGGUAUAAUAAGAACAGUAAUUGAGAAUUCAAGUCAGAUUAUGGUUGUAGUUUCAAUAGGUGUCACGAUUGAUGUCUGCAGCAAUUAUCUCAUCUUUUUUUUUUUUUUUGCUGGGACAGAGAUCUGCUCUGGAAGUUGUGAGAUUGCUGGCGCAGAAGACCAAAGAAGUUGAAUUUGAGUUUUUUAAAUAUGUGAAAGAGCAGAAACUGGUUGAAUUAGCAGGCUUGUUGUUGGUGGCUCAUGAAAAGGUUAUGCCUGGUUUAGAAGAACAUAUGAAAAUCCGCAAUUUUGUCUUGAAAGAAGCUGCAUUUCUGAAUUUACAAGAAAUCACGUCCUUGUAUAGCUCUGGUGAUGAGAAAUCCCUACAAGAGGUUAAAAAGAAGAAGGUGGAGAUGGAGGCAAUACUAUUAUUACUUGAAGUAUUUGACAGAAUUGGUGAUAAACUUUCGGCUUAUCUUCAGAUAAUGCGAAAACGGGUGAGAGAGGAAUAUCACGCCAAAGAAAUUGGCUGGAUCUUGGAGAAAGCUGGAUUUUCCGUGAAGCUUGAACUUUUUGAUGAAACAAGCAGGGGAAUAAUUGAGCAUGAGUGGUAUUUACCCUUUCUAGGGGACACAGGUGCAGAAGACACCUUUUACAUUCUUGAUCGCAUCAAAUGUUUGGAGUCACAUAAGAUGGCUUUGGGUUAUCGAAAACUGCCUUCAAUCUGUGGGACGCCUAAUCAGCAAGUUGUAGCAUCUUCAAGUAGCUGCUCCCAAUGGUCUUCAGCUUCUGCUCUAAAAUCAUUUCAUACAUUCCAUCCUGUCAGAGCCAGUGGUCGAUGUUCUGGUUCUGCUACAUGGGAGAAUAAAGCAUGCAACUGGUUGUGGGAUUUGCCAUGCAAACGUCGUCUUCUUAGAGAUAGCCAGGAUCUCCCUUCAGCCAAUAGGGUGCUAAACAUGCAAUACGGGAAGGUAUGGGCUUGUGUUGUGGCAACUUUAAAAAGGGGAACAAGGCUCAUCUGAACGAUUAUUGAGGUGGCUCUUAUUUUUCCUCCGUAUUGGUAGUAUUGGUGUUAUAUCUGGGGCCCGUAUUUCUUACUCUUGUUUAAUGGAAUGUUUUAAAGUAUUGGAGAUCUUAGCAUUUGUUCAAGUAGUUCAGUGUAAACAAUGAUAACCUACUAUUGCAUGACUAUUCUGCACCUCUCUUGAAGGUUGUUAGUAGGAAGAUGGCUG